GAAGUGGGGGUGUCGGUGGGCGCUGCACCGGGGUGGCGGCGAGAGCGGUCCGGCCCGGCCCUUCCCGGUGCUCCCCGCCCGUUCCGGGGCCUCGGCGGCCGCCGGGACCCCCCCCUCUCCUCCGCCCGCCUCCCGUUAAGCCCGGCCCGGGGCACCGCGGAACCAUGUCGGAGGCGGCGAACACCGGCGGCUGCGGCACCGCCACCGUCACCGAGACCGGCGCCGCCGAGCCGGAGAACCGGAGCCUGACGCUGAAGCUGCGCAAGCGGAAGCCGGACAAGAAGGUCGAGUGGUCGAGCGACACGGUGGACAACGAGCACUUGGGGCGCCGCUCCUCCAAGUGCUGCUGCAUCUAUGAGAAGCCGCGAGCGUUUGGGGAGAGCUCGACCGAGAGCGAGGAGGAGGAGGAGGAGGAGGAAGAGGAGGAGGAAGCCCCCGGGGGGGCAGCGAGGGGGGGGGCACGAUGGUUGCGGCCACCUCCACUGCAUCAGGGGACACAAACGGGCGCAGAGGCAGCAAGCGGGGGCCGGGGGGGGGCCCCAAGCGCUGCCCCCCGGGCCCCCGACCCCUAUGGAGCACUGAGGAGCCCCCUAUGGAGGCUCCUCAAUACCACCCCCCCCCCCAAAUAUUGACUCUGGACUGGACCCCCCCCCCCCCAGCAUCACAUCAGGGGUUGACCCCCCCCCAAAUCAAUACCUGACCCCCCCCAUCUGAGUGUCCCCCCCCUCCCCAAACCAUCAUUGCCUGAGCUCCCCCCCCCCCAUAUCACUGCCUGAGCCCCCCCCCCAAAUCAACACUGCCACCCCCCCCCCCCACAUGCACCCCACUGUUUGGGGGGGGCAUUUUGGGGUGCUCCCCCCCCCCCCGCCCCCCCAACAUGGCACCUGUGGGCAUUAAAGGUGGCACCGCUGUGA